CUCGCCUCUUCCCGUCCUUCUCCCACUGCUGGACCAAUGUCCAGUCCAUGUGUCAGUCCAUGUCGACGCUGCGCGGGUAUUCUCGUGUGAUGUUCGUUUUGCCGGGCUCUGGCCGCGUGACCAUUUGUUUAAUGCGCUCCACUUCGGCAUAGUCUUUUUGAGCAGUGAGCUGGUCCAUCACUACACGUAUGUGCACAGAAAGGAAAAAUGAGCGGGCAUGUCUCGAGUACUUAAUCGUACUGGUGGUGGUGGCCAGUUGUUCCUUGAGUUUUGCGUUCUGUGGGCGCAUUCAUGAGACCACAACAGCACAGAGACGGCAGAGAAUGAACCACGUGUGUUAUUUGCCUGCUGCUGUCUGUCUUUUUGUUUGCGUGAGUACCUCGGCUUCCAGUGAUUGAAUCUCGGCAGCCAUGGCUUUCUUCUCGGCCUCCAACGCCUUGCUGGCCUGCUGCUCGAUGGAUGCACACACAAGCGGACACAGGCAGGCACGUGUCCUCGUCCACACGCGCGUGGGUCAUUCAUUCUGUUCUUCUGACUUAUGUCCCUCUGGGCCAGCAUCUCCAGCAGGACUUCCUGCACAUGUGAAAGAACGCACCAUGACGCACGCGUCCACACAGCACCGAUCGAUCGACUCAUGCAUCGCACCCACCUGUCUGUCUUUGAGUUUGACGACUCUUGACUGGUAGAUGAGGGCCCUGUCCUUCCACUCCUUGAGCUGUUCUGCGUACAGGCACAGAGGAAGGGAAGGCGGGCGGGGCGGGCAGCGUUUAUGCCGGCCAGUACGUGUGCCGUUGCUGACUACCGACUCACCCUGGAGGUAUUCCUUGUCCUCAUAGAGAAACACGAUGUCCAUCCCCCUUCCAGCCACCAUCAGCCCUUCUAUACGUCUGUAGGCCGCGACCGCCGCUCCUCGGAGGCGGGUGGCCGCGACCUCCAUACGGCCAAUCUGAAGUCGACAACAGGCGACCAACCAAUAUGUAAUACUGACCGGUGCAGGUGGCUUAGGAGUUGUGUGUGUGUGUCUGUGUUUGUGCGUACUGAGACUGCUGGUGUCGCUGUUGGUGGUAGAAUGCCGUCGAUCCCAUGACAGACACCUGACAGACGCCCACACGACACACAAACACGACAGUGAUGGAGGGAUGAUGCCAGCCCUCCACCCCCGUCACCACCCCCAUACCCACCAUACCCAUAUUACCGCUGCCCCGCCUGCUGCCCCAACUGCUGUGCCGCAUGCCCGUGAGCAGGAGGGGGGUGGCCUGUGCCGUAGGAGUGCCCAGGCGCUGCAGCGCCUGGAAAAGCGGUAGGGUGGGGCUGGGCAUACGGGCGGUGCGGCGGUGGGCCAGCGUACCACCAUCGAACGAGGCGUGGCUGAAAAACUGCAAAGCCAGAAUGUGGACGAAAAUUGCGAAGGAACUUUCAAAAUCCGGAAAAUCAGGGUUUGCAGGUUCUCACUGUCUCAUCGCGAAAAUCUUGCCGCACGCGCAUUCGCUUUCUGCGAACAGCAGCAGGUCAGAGAACGAAGGCAGAGGCAGAGAGCAUAGCUGCUGCCGCAGACGGAGUCAUUGCAUUAAAUCCCCUUCACUUUCGGCAGGCCGUGCGGCAGUCGUGUGGUGUGUCUCUCUGUGUCUGUCUGUCUGUCAUUUCUGCCGCCUGCCACUGCCGCAGACAGACAUGACACACGAUUGGGAAGCGUACAUGAAUGAGCUCUGACGACUUUGAUGAGGGGCAAAUGAGUGAGUGCAUCGUUCAAUCAAUCAUUCAUUCCAGGUCUUGACAAAGACGUACACUUACUGAAACAAACACCCCCCCUUCCAACUGACUGAGCACGUGUGUGCACACACAAACGUAUCAACACCAAAGGCUGUUCUAUCUACAGACAGGCACACACAAACGCACAACGUACACUAGCUACUUGGAAACAAACAAUUACUUCUUCGACGCACACAGCCCCCGACACACACAGCUCACACCUGGCCCGCCCCCUGCCACCUCAUCAGUCACUUCACUCACUCUUCGGCCAGCCGACUGCACGUGUGCCGCACCUGUGUCUGGAAGUACCGGUAGAAGGAUCGCUCCGAGCAGCUGCCCCACUCGUCACUGAUGCGGCUGGCGCAGCUCUCCGUGAACCAAUAGUCGGCAUCACUGACACACGUCUGCCGCUCCACCAGGUAGCACACGGCGUCAGAUGGAGUGAUCAGGGAUGACUCGCCGAUGAGGCACUGGGACUGGGCGAAGCUGCAGGCGGCGUGCGCGACGCCCUGUGCCACCCUGUCGUUGAAAGCCGAACAUGAAGUCUCCUCGCCUGAGGGAUUCGAAGCACCGACAGACACCAUGCUGUGCUUUGUUUGUCAAAAGGCUCUUCUGUCUGUGUCGUGUGUGCCCAUGCAUCCUACCGGAGUCAGCGAGGUGCCUUUCCUCGGCGGUCACACCGUCCCAGUCAGGCUGGCAGGGGGUCCCCUCACCAUCUGCGCACCGCGGCGCUGCAGCCCUCAAGGACCUCCCCGGUGAGGGCAGUGACACCACCGCACAGAUCCCCUGCGUCCUCUUGGUGUAGAAGGCGUUGAACUGCGCCUCGCUGCAUGUGCCGAAUCUGCCGCUGACUGACGUCUUGCACAUGGAGAGGGCGAGGUCCACCUGCUUGGUGCAGAAGGGCUUGUCCACGGUGUAGCACACGUUGGUGAACGGGAACCGCUUCACCCUCGAUGUGGGCUUGAUGAUCUGGCAUUGUGUUUGAGCAUACAGACAGGCCGCUUGGGAAAUGCGCUCCUGAGCGGUGCUGGUGAAGGAGCCACACGCUGACACGGACGGACAGCGAAAAAGAAUGACGCGCCUCUUUGCCUGUUGUGUGCACACACAUGCGCAUCGCAUACCUGAAGGGACAGAUGAGGAUAUCGGCAGGGCAACAAGAAGGCCGAAGACGAUGGUGAGAAGACGCUGCAUCGGAGGGGCGUUGGAAAGAUCCUUGGAGUGGGCUGCUUGCAGAUGGUGGAUGUUGCUCUGCGAUGUUUCUCAGCAUCUCAACGCAGCGCCAGAUCUCG